CGUUGCCUUCUUAGAUUCAAUUUCGUUCUCAAAAUUUGUGCAACUGCUACUAAUUUUCUUGUAUAAAACUAACUAGGAUCGUAGAUUCACUGCUUUAUCAGCUCUCCAAUCCUUCUCGCCAUUAAAAUCUUACCAAUUUCAACCAAUUUAUACUCUUAAAGAUGAUGUCCCCAAAUUAUAUUCCCGAAGACCGAGCUUCUUCUCAUACCAAUCUCAGGCAUGCACCAUUGCAAAUAAUCCAUGUAAUUGGAAGCUUCUUGAGGAUAUGGUCUGUGUACUCCAUGUACAACUAUUUGUCUCAUACAGGAGCUUCUGUUGUGCUUUUUAUCUUUAGCUGUCUUGUUCCAUCAUCUGUUGUUUUUCUGGUUCUGCAAAGGCCUUGGAAAGGCAGACCACUUGCUAAUACACAGGUUGUGCCUUCGGUUAUAAAUGGCGCUCUAACAGCGUUAUAUUUCAUCUUAUGGGGGAUAGGCCUCAAAUCAUGUGGUCCUGUGAGGGCUGUUUUGGCGGAGUAUUCAGGUGCUGUUCUUGGAGUUGUUUCUGCAGUAUUGUAUGGCAGGAGGGGUAACAUAUGGAAAAAGGUGGGUGGACUUGUUGCAAUGUUAGCAUCUUUCUACUUCUUAUCUCAAGGAUGGGCCACCGCUACAUAUUCUCCAUUCUCACUUAAUGAUAGACCUGAUAGCGAGGAUCGGACAGAGGAAACGUUGAACAUGAAGAGCAUGGUAGCUCCAAUCUUUGCUGGCAUCUUAUCAGCAUUGAGAAGGGUAAUUGCUAGGCGUGUCUCACUCAAGAAUCAACUGAAAAGAAGGCUUCAUGCUAUAACUAUUGCUUCCGCGACUUGUUUUCUCUUUCCUGUCGCCAUGUGGGAUAUGAUUGUAGGUUCAACCAAUGUGGAAUUGCCGUUUUCUGCAUGGGCUUUCUCGAGCACCAUCCUCUUUGGCGUAAUCUUAAUAUUUUAUGUGGACAGCAUUGCGGAGGAAAGGCUGCAUAUGGUUUUCUCUUCUCCAAGACAUUUAAUGGUGGCAGGAGGAUGCUUAAUAGUGAUGGAAAUCUUCUACAAAAUGGACUUUUCUUUGCCAGGAUUCGUGAUUUGCUGCAUUCUGUUGGGCUUUGGGAUAUACGAAGCAACGGCUUUGGAACGUGGGAAAAGAGAUUACAAGCAAGAUGCUGACAUCUCAAAUGGGAUUCUUGAAGAUCCAAUUCAGAUGUCUCCUCUUCCAACUUGAAGUUUCUAAGGCUGAAAUGUUUGUUAAAUGCACCCGUAUCGUUUAUCCAUAUCAGAAGAACUACUUUGGAUGCAAUACUUGCCGAAAAGGUCAACAAUCGAUUUCUUCAAUCUGCAGUACUUGACCAUUGAUGCACAGAGCCCGAGCCAAAAUCUGAAGCCGGUAGAGUGACAGAGGCGCAGAUUACUGACUCUUAGCUUGUAUAACAUGUACUUUCAAACAGGUUCCAUCCUUGCUUUCAACUCUGACUCAUAUUUUGAUGUCUGAGCUAAAACAUCAUUGAUUCCAGUAAAAACUUUAUGUACAACACCAUUCUACAUCUAUUCUAUGAAACUCACACCAAUUGACUUCAAA